AUGGCUGCCGAAGCAUCGACCGCCGCCAACGGCGCCUCCAAGUCGCUCGCCGCUAUGCUGGAGGAGCAACAUGCCCGCGAUGAGGCUCACAAGCCCACCGUUGAGGAAGUUGUGGAUGAGGAGGACCUCAAGCACCCUCCUCCCUUGGCUACUACGAAUGACCAGCCUUUGCCCCCUGUCCUGUCCCCCGCCUCGGAGUCGUUGACCCCCGCCGAGACCGCCGCCCCGGUACCUGCCCCGAAACCUGCCGUGAAGAAGGCGCCGGCCUUUGACGUACAAUCGGAGGAACUGUUCCCUGCCCUCGGCAGCGGACCCAAGCCCGCUGCCCCUGCGGCGGCUACAUGGGGUGCGAAGAAGCCCUCUGCGGCAGCGGCCGUUGCCAAUGGCCGCCCCUCCAAGCCAAUGGAUGUCCCUCGCGUGAUGUCACUCCCCGGAAAGCACAUGGAGCAGCUUCGACUGGCCCCAUCCCAGAUGCAGCCCCGUGGGCAAUUGAAGAAGCCCAUCAGAGAUAUCCUGCGCGAUAUCUCUCGGAGAUCCAAGGCCACCGUUGAUAUGCGCGGUGGCCCUGGUGGCUCUAUCAUCUUCGAAGGCAAGGGCUCAGUUGAUGCUGUCCGCCAGGCGCUCAAGGAAGUCGCACAGCAAGUCGGAUCGAAGCAAUCCGUCCGCGUUCCCAUUCCUACUUCCGCACGAGCCCACAUCAUUGGCCGCCAGGGAUCGGUGGUUCAGGACAUUCAGACCCGCACUGGUGCCCGUGUGCAAGUCCCCCGCGCUGAUGGUAACGGUGCGCCUCUCGAGGAGGACGACGACGACACCAUUGAUAUCUUGAUUGAGGGUGAUGCUGUGGCUGCGGAGAUGGCACGCCGGGAGAUUGAGGCGAUUGUCAAGGAACGCGGUUCGAACAUGAGCCUGCGCUUGAAGACCAUCCCCCCGGAGUUCUUCCCCUUCAUUGCCGGUGCACACGAUGCGCAAUUGCGCGAGAUUGAGGAGCGCACAAAGGCGCAGGUCCAUGUGCCCCGCUACGAUACAUGGUCCCAGCCACCUCCCCAGGAGGCCAACCCUGGCCACGUGCAGUUCGUGCCUUGCCCCGAGAAGCACAUUCUCAUCUCCGGAGAGCGUGCUGCUGCACAAGAAGCCCGUGCCGAGAUUGAGCGCCUGGCCGCUGACCUCCAGCGCAAGCUGACCCUUCGCCAGCUUGCCAUCAACCGUGGCCAGCACCAAUUCAUCCUCGGAAAUGAGGCCGAUGCUCUCCACAAGUUCUUUGCGCAGACCGGCUGCGGUAUUGUCCUUCCCCCUGCCACCGAUGAGAGCGAGUUCCUCACUAUCACCGGACCUCUGGACCAGAUUGAGGCCGGUAUCAACCAUGCCAUGGAUCUUGCUACCAGCAUGCAGAUGGCGAGCAUUGACUUGUCUCGCCAGCAUCCCAAUGCCCCUGCUGGUUCAAACGCCCAUGCCCGCGCUCUGACCCAGUAUCUCCGCCGCCGCCAGAUCAUCAAGCAGCUCGAGUCGGCUUACGACGCCCGGAUUGCUCUGCCCCCUAGCGUCGAUGGACCCGUCACUUGGGAGGUCUACUCUCGUGAUGGCAAGAACACUAUCCGUGCUCGCUCCGACAUCAUGAACCUGGUCCAGGCUCAUCCCCCUUCGCGUCUUCGCCACGUCCCCAUUGACCCCUACUUCCACCCGUACCUGCGUUCCCGCAGUGCCUCCAAGCUUCAGGGUGACUAUGGUGUCCACCUGUUGGUCCCCGAUGACAUCAACAGCUCCGAGGUUGUCCUUGUCUAUGAGGGCCCCUCUGCCUCCGCGUCCAACUUCGAGGUUCCCCGGCAACGUCCCUCUCCGGCCGAGAUUGCGGCCUUUGAGAAGUCGCUGCAGGAGGCUCAGGAAUACCUGCUGAGUGCACUUGGAGACCAGCAGGAUAUCGUUGCCACCACUACCUCUGUUCCUGCCAAGUACCAGGAGAAGACUCGCAAGUUUAUCCUCCGUGAGCAGGAAUCCAAGGACGAGGAAAGCAUCCCUGUCCGCGCUCUCGUCGGCGACGCUAAGGGCGGAAAGUGUGAGGUUGCGCUGCGUGGACCCUCCAGACUGGUCGCGGAACUCGUCGCCAAGUUGGGUGCCUUUGUCGAAGAGCAGGAGAAGGACGACUUGGAGCGUGGAUACACCACCUCCUUCGACUUCCCUCAGAAGUAUGCCAACUUCCUCAUUGGCAAGCGUGGUGAGAACAUCAACAAGCUUCGCGAGGAGUUUGACGUUGAUAUCAAGGUCGAGAACGGUAAGGUCGAGGUCAAGGGCCCCAAGGCUAAGGCCGAUGCUGCUCGCAUGCGCAUCAUCAACCUGGGCAAGAAGCUGGAGGAUGAGACCACUCACAUCCUGAAGAUCCCUGCCCAGUACCACCGUGAGCUGAUCGGCCAGCGCGGCAACCAGGUUAACCGUCUCCAGGACCGUUACUCGGUCCGCGUUCAGUUCCCUCGUGCCACUGCCUCUGCCGAUGACCAGUCUGUUGGCGAUGCUCACAGCGAUGCCGGCGCUGCCCGCCCUGGUCGUCCCCAGCAGGCCGCUGACGAGGUCCUGGUCAAGGGACCUAGCAAGGGUGCGGAUCAGGCUCGCGAUGAGAUUCUGAGUCUGCUCCAGUGGGUCGUCGACCACUCGCACUCUGCCACUAUCUCUGUCGCCCAGAACCAGGUUGCUUCGCUGAUUGGUCAACGUGGCCGUGAGAUGGACAAGCUUCGUGCGGACACUGGCGCCCAGAUUGAUGUUCCUAGCGCGAAUGAUGCCCCCGAUGCUUCGGGCCGUGUGCAGAUCCGUGUCAAGGGUACUAAGCAGCAGGUUGCUGAGGCCAAAAAGGUUCUGCAGCAGCGUGCUUCUGAGUUUGAUGCCACAGUCACCAAGACGAUCGAUGUUGACAAGAAGUACCACAAGGCCCUUAUUGGUGGUGGUGGUGCCAAUAUUCGCAAGAUCGUUGCCGACGCUGGUGGUCCUAACGAUGGCAGCGCCGCUCGCAUGGUUCGCUUCCCCCGUCCUGACAGCACUGAGUCCACCAUCCGCCUGGAGGGUAACGGCAAGAUCGUGGACAGCAUCGUUGCUGCUAUUGAACAGUUCGUCAAGGAGCGCCAGGACCAGGUGUCUGAGACUCUAGAUGUUCCUACUGCUCAGCACCGUAUGCUGAUCGGCCGGGGUGGCGACACCCGCCGUGGCAUUGAGUCCAAGUUCAAUGUCACCCUGGACAUUCCCAAGCAGGGCUCUGGCCGCACUGAUGUUAAGCUCAAGGGCCCUAGCACUGCCGUCGCUGAGGCCAAGGCUCACAUUCAGGGCAUGCUCAAGGAGCAGCACGCCGAGACCGUGGAGGUUCCUAGCAACCUGCACCACGCUAUCGCUGACAACGGCGCCAUCUUCCGUCGCCUGCGUAAUGACUACCAGGUUACUGUCGACCACGCCGGCAAGGCUGUCCCCGCCAACCCUGCAACGGAGGAGACUCGUAGCGGUGCCAACGGCGCAUCUCUGCCCCUGAUUACCGAUGACCCCAGCGCUGCUGCUGAUGCCCACUCAUGGAAGGUCGUCGACUCCAGCGCCGGUGGUGAUGCCGAUACUUCCCCCUUCCCGUGGGUCCUGACUGGCUCGCCUGAGAAUGUUGCCAAGGCCCGCGCUGCCAUUGAGAAGGCCAUUGCCGCCUCCGGCCAGCAGUCUGCCACUGGCUACUUGAUCCUGCCAGACCCCAAGACCUACCGCUUCGUGGUCGGCCAGGGUGGUAGCCAGAUCAACGCCAUCCGCAAGAAGACCGGAUGCCGCAUCAACGUGCCCAAGAACCAGGCCCAGGGUGAGGCGAUCGAGAUUCGCGGUAACGCCGCCAGCCUCGACGAGGCCCGGGAUAUGAUCCUGGAGGCCGUCCAGAACGGUCUGAACGGCUCUGCUCGGUGA